AUGAUUCGUGUUAAAAGAGGCAAUGUUGCCCGCAAAAGAAGAAAAAAUAUUUUAAAAUUAGCUAAAGGGUUUAGAGGUUCUCAUUCAUCUUUAUUUCGUACAGCAAAGCAGCAAGUUUUAAAGUCUUUAAGAUAUUCUUAUGUAGGUAGAAAAAAUAAAAAGCGAGAUUAUAGACGUUUAUGGAUUGUACGUAUUAAUGCAGCAUUAAUACCUUUUGGUCUUACAUACAGUCAAUUUAUUUGUGGUCUUAAAAAGAGUCAUAUCGGUUUAAAUCGUAAAAUGUUAGGACAAAUAGCAGUUGUUGAUAAUAAUGCAUUUGAACAGCUAAUUAACAUAACAAAAUAA